CGUCUGGACAAGAGUCACCUGAGACUGCCAUCCUCGACGACCUUGUGCAAUACCUAUCUGCUACUCGUCUUUUUUCGCGUCACACCUGCUACGCCAUCUUCAACGACGAUUGCAUCUGCCGCCAUGUUUAACAUUGUAGCACACUUCUUCGCUUCUAUCGCCUCUUUCCUCUUCCCACUCUUCGCUUCUUACAAGGCCCUUAAGACGUCUGAUCCCGCCCAGCUGACACCAUGGCUAAUGUACUGGUCAGUACUGUCAUGCGCGCUGCUCGCCGAGUCAUGGACUGAGUUCAUUCUCGCCUGGAUCCCCUUUUACUCAUGGAUACGCCUUGGGUUCUUGUUAUGGUUGGUCCUUCCUUCCACGCAGGGCGCACGUGUCUUAUACGAGGGUUAUCUCCACCCCUAUCUCGAAGAGAACGAACUUGCGAUCGAGGAAUUCAUCGCUAGCGCCCACGAUAGAUUCAAAGCCGCCGGCAUUCGAUACCUCAAGCAGGCUAUAGAGCUGAUACGAACACGAGUGUUCAACCUGCCACCUUCCGAGACUCGCGAGGAGCCGAGGGCCGCAGCCGCCGCGCCCCAGGGCUAUACACAGGCACUGCUCGCUAGAUUCAGCAUGCCGGCUUCCCAGUGGGCUACCAACAACGCUGGGGCUGCGGGCCAUGACUUCUACAAUUUGCUUGCAGGAGCUGUGAACGCAGCUACGGGUGGCCUCUCGACGAACACCAAGAAUGAUGUCGCCGCCCGUGGAACACUUAUACCAGAUAACAUUGGAGGAGCGCAGGAGAAAAUCAGCUUCAUAGCUGCACAGCGGGAGAGGCUUGCCCUUAUGAUGGGUGCGCUGGACCGAGAGGCAGCUGUACUACAUCAGAACGAAGAGCAACGCAAGACUAGCGAGCAAUCGAGAAAGCAUGGCAGCUUGAGUCUGGACGGACAGGAACCAUCGCGCCCACCGAGCGGAUAUAGCAUUGGCAGUGGGCUAAGUAAGAGCCGAAGCGAAGUCGACUUCGAGAAGAUUGACGCACCGAGCGGUGCUGAAGAAGACGACGGUACUCUCCGUAGACGAGGAGAUGGCGACGAGACCCCCGGAGCUGCGAAGGGCAGCUGGAAUCUCUUUGGCUGGGGCGCGUCUAACCAAAACCAAGGCCAAAGCACUGGUUAUCAGGGACAAUAGGUUUGGCCUCUGAGACACUGGCGUUGAGAAGACGUAGGGGAGUUUUGUACAUAUCACAUUUUAAGUUAUGGGCUGGCGUCGAGAUAA